GUGAUCACACGUGGCGCGGACAGAGAUUAACCAGCCAUUAUAAACAUUUAAUGCUUUCUGAACAUAACAGAAGAGAUUGAAACAACCCGAGGUUGAAUCGUACAGUGAGCGAGAUGUAGGGUUUUAACCUACGUCUCAGUAAAGACAGUAUGGCGCCGUUGACAGCUCGCCUCACAUGGAUUAUAACAGUGCUGGAGCGUAAAGGUUUCUGGUCUCUUCUUACCGAUGGGUGUGGACAGAGACUUUUCUCGUUUGCCUGAAGGACGGACAGACUUUCUGAAGCCAAGACUCAAAAACAGCAAUCAGCAUGGACCCGUCCGACCAGAAGCGCUUCACCGCCGUGGACUAUGUGAUAUUUGCGGUCUUGCUCGCUGCCUCUAUGGGCAUCGGGCUGUACCACGCGCUUUCAGGCGGGCGCCAGCGCACCACCCAGGAGUUCUUGAUGGCGGACAGGAGCAUGAGCUGUCUUCCCGUUUCGCUGUCACUCAUCGCCUCGUUCCAGUCGGCUGUGGCGAUUAUUGGCGUGCCGGCAGAAAUCUAUACUAAUGGUACUCAGUACUGGUUCAUCGGCUGUGCCUACUUUCUCGGCCUCCUCAUUCCUGCUCACGUUUUCAUUCCUGUGUUGUACAAACUGCGGCUCUCCAGUACUUACGAGUAUCUUGAAUUGCGCUUCAGCAAAGCAGUGCGUAUCUGUGGAACUCUGACCUUCAUCUUUCAGACAGUUGUCUACAUGGGAGUUUGUGUGUACACUCCUGCCUUUGCACUAAAUGCAGUUACUGGAUUUGAGAUAUGGGCGGCAGUGCUGGCUACUGGACUAGUGUGCACAUUGUACACAACAAUGGGUGGUUUGAAGGCUGUCAUCUGGACCGAUGUCUUUCAGACUGUUGUGAUGUUUGCAGGGCAGCUGGCUGUCAUCGUGGUCGGUGUGCAUCAGACCGGAGGAGUGUCUGAAGUCUGGAGCAAAGUCUGGGAGGGAAACCGCAUCUCUGCUCUCAACCUGAACCCAGAUCCUACGGAGAAACACACCUUCUGGACUCUGGGGGUUGGCGGGGUGUUCCUCAUGCUGUCCUUGUAUGGAGUCAACCAGGCUCAGGUCCAGAGAUAUCUCAGCGCCCGCACAGAGAAAGAGGCUGUCAGGUCUUGCUACAUGGUGUUUCCCUCCCUGCAGUUGUCUCUGGCUCUGAGCUGUGUGAUGGGGCUGGUCAUGUUUGCACGUUACUGUGGAGAGGAUCACUCAGACAUGCUGGCCAACUCUUCAAACGAUGCGAUGGUGAUAUACUUUGUGAUGGAUAUGCUGGAAGGUCUGCCUGGUCUACCUGGUCUGUUUGUUGCCUGUUUGUUCAGUGCAGCUCUCAGCACCAUUUCUUCUGCUUUUAACUCUUUGGCCGCUGUGACAAUGGAAGAUCUCGUCAAACCUUAUUUCCCCGCCAUGACAGAAGCAAGAGCAACGCUGGUCUCCAAAGCCUUGGCUAUGUCCUACGGGCUGCUGUGCCUGGCUAUGGCCUAUCUCACUCACCUAAUGGACGUUUCUGUUCUCAAUGUGGCUUUGAAGCUCUUCGGUAUGGUCGGCGGUCCUGUUCUUGGUCUGUUUUGUCUCGGGAUGUUCUUCCCGUGGGCCAACUCCACUGGAGCGAUGGCGGGCCUGGGAGGCGGUCUGGCUUUGUCUUUCUGGGUCGGCAUCGGGAGCAUCAUCAACCUGAGCUCCAGCCCGAGGCUGCUGUCAGCCGGCUGCAGAGCCGCCCUGCCGUCGGACAACGGCACGUCUCCCAUUCACACUGCACUCGGCAAUUUCACUCUCAGCAAACCGUCUGGACUGAACAGAUUUUAUUCGUUGUCCUACAUGUGGUACAGUGCUUUCAGCGGCUUCACGGUCAUUCUGAUCGGCCUGAUCAUCAGCUUCCUCACAGGCCCUAUGAAAGAAGAGGAUGUGACACCAGGGACAAUCUAUCCUUUGUUAGGGAAACUGCUCUGUUUCCUACCUGAACACCUCCAAAAGAAGCUGUGCUGCGUGACUCCUCAGGGGCAGACGCUCUCGGCAACACAACAUAAAGAGGGCAAUGGCCUGGCCUUACCACAAGAGGAUGGACCAUCACAAGAAGAGACGGACAGGUUUCUUCCUGAAGUUCAAGCAGCUCUUGUGGAGCAUGAAACAGCUGUGUGACAUCACAGUUUAACAUCAGGUGGGAUGAAAAUUCCUCGCGCCAAGCGUUCUGGCAAGAGAAGCCUUUUUAUUUUUUUCUUGCCUUUUCUUUGUGAGGAAAGAUAAAAUGUGAAUUUACACUCUCAAAUGCUGCACCAAAGUCUUGGCUACAAAGAAGAAGACUGUUUUACAGAUACAGUUUACAUGCAGUAUUUGUAAGGUGUACGGUCAUUAACUUAAAAUCAGUCUUCUCCUUGUGUGUGUACA